GCUGAGGCCGCCGCGUAGCGCCCGGGACAUGCGGCCUCCCCAGCCGCAGCCAUCGCCGAGGAGACGAAGGACAUGAGGCUCCGCAAUGGCACCUUCCUCACGCUGCUGCUCGGUUGCCUCUGCGCGCUCUUUUCGCUCUCCUGGUACGGGGCCUUCGGCGGGCACAAAGGUGAUGUUGUGGAUAUCUAUCAGCGAGAGUUCCUAGCACUAAGAGACCGCUUGCAUGCUGCAGAACAGGAGAGCCUCAAGCGGUCCAAGGAGCUGAACCUAGUCCUAGAUGAAAUAAAGCGAGCCAUCUCUGAGAAGCAGGCCCUGCGGGACAUCAACCGGACGUGGAGCAGCUUAUCUGAUGAAACAAAAUUGAAACUGUGGAAUAUUACUAACAAGAAUGUGCUGCAUCUCCCUACCAUCUUUCACCAUUUGCCACAUUUGCUAUCAAAGGAGAACAGCCUGCAGCCUGCUGUGCAUGUGGGACAGGGGCGCACUGGAGUAUCUGUAGUGAUGGGAAUCCCCAGUGUCAAACGAGAGGUCCAUUCCUACCUUACAGAUACCCUAAACUCUCUGAUCUCAGAGCUCAACCAGCAGGAGAAGGAAGACUCCGUCAUUGUUGUUCUGAUUGCCGAGACAGAUCCGCAGUACACAACAGGAGUGGCAGAAAAUAUCAAAAACCUGUUCCCCAACGAAAUACAUUCUGGUCUUCUAGAAGUCAUUUCCCCUUCUCCGCAUUUUUAUCCAGACUUUUCACGUCUUCGAGAAUCUUUUGGUGACCCCAAGGAGAGAGUCAGGUGGAGGACAAAACAGAACCUAGAUUACUGCUUUUUGAUGAUGUAUGCACAAUCCAAAGGCAUUUACUAUGUGCAGCUAGAAGAUGAUAUUGUAGCCAAACCAAACUAUCUCAGUACAAUGAAGAACUUUGCUCUGCAGCAACCCUCUGAAGAAUGGAUGAUCCUGGAGUUCUCUCAGCUUGGAUUUAUCGGGAAGAUGUUUAAGUCGCUGGAUCUCAGUCUGAUUGUGGAAUUUAUACUCAUGUUCUACAAAGACAAGCCAAUUGAUUGGCUGCUUGAUCACAUUCUUUGGGUGAAAGUCUGCAACCCAGAGAAAGAUGCAAAACAUUGUGAUAGACAGAAAGCGAAUCUGAGGAUCCGCUUCAAACCCUCGCUCUUCCAACAUGUGGGAACCCACUCCUCCCUGGCCGGCAAAAUACAGAAGCUAAAAGACAAAGAUUUUGGAAAACAAGCUCUUAGAAAAGAACACGUCAACCCUCCUGCAGAGGUGAGCACCAGCCUGAAAACCUACCAGCACUUCACCUUGGAGAAAGCAUAUAUGAGAGAAGAUUUCUUUUGGGCAUUUACCCCCACCACGGGUGACUUCAUACGUUUCCGCUUCUUUAAGCCACUACGCAUUGAACGGUUUUUCUUCCGCAGCGGCAACAUUGAGCACCCUGAAGACAAACUGUUCAACACAACAGUGGAAGUCUUGCCCUUUGAUAGUCUCCAGUCAGAUAAGGAAGCCCUGCAGGAGGGAAGAGGGACAGCAUUCAAGUACCGCAGGACAUCUGAUGGCUACAUACAGAUAGGAUCUUUUUCCAAAGGCAUUGCUGAAGGAGAAGUAGACCCUUCCUUUGGGCCUCUGGAAGCAAUACGGCUGACUAUCCAGACGGACUCUCCUGUAUGGAUCAUCUUGAGUGAAAUAUUCCUGAAGAAAGCUGACUGAAGUCUAAGAGACAGGAGAUGAACACUAAGUGGCCGUUAGCUCUUCCCGCCUUCUUCCUCUCUUCUAUGAAACUGCAGACACUGCAGAACAAAGGCAGCCUGCCCGUAAAGCAAAGGUGCGUGCUCAAGGCUACAGCUGCUCCAAGAACAGGAAGAAAAAUGUGGUGAAACUUGGCAGGACCUUGUGUUUCCUGACCACAGACUAGGAGAAGAGACGCGUUUUUCACACGCGGGUGCUGUACUGCAUUACAUGAAGACUCACCAAUGCUGGCAUAUCUUGUCCCCAGCUGCCUCUGCAGCUGAAGAAAGACACAUGGAGGUGAAACUUCCAUGUCAAAGAUUUUUGGGUUUUUUGUUCCCUCAAGCAAGGACCACAUUGUCCCCACUACUCUUCCUUCCUCUGGGUGUUGAACUCCUGAAUGUAUCACAAAGGUGUACAUUUAGAAAUACGGGUUUACAGAGUGCGAAGGCUAAACUGAGAAGGCCAACUUGACUGUGUCAGGCUCUUAAGCUGCAGAGCAGCUCAGAGAUGUACGUGGGAAGGGGAGGAGCAGAUCUCCACCCCUUUGUUUAAUAAAAGCCGUUACUCCGGGCCAUGCCUGAGGAUUAAAUAUGAAGGGUAAUGGGGUCUGAAAGAAGGUGAAGUGCAGAGGCGACAGACAGUAUGGCAGGGAAA